CCGCCACACGCUCCUUUGCCCUGUCUCUCGUUUAUACUUUUUGUGUCCUUCCUACUUCCUCCCCUCCUGAGCCUCGAAAUGACGGAGACGACAGUGGUCAUCGUCGUCGUCGUCUGUGCAGUUGCAGUCAUCGCCAUCGCAGUCGUCGCCUAUCGCACCAUCCGCAACCGCUUCAUCCGCAACUCCCGCCCCCUCCCUCCUGUCCAACCUAUCGUCUCCACACGUGCUCGCAACCUCGCAGACUUUGAGGCAAAUGCAGCCUACCUCCGCGCCCAGCCAGACAUCUCCGUAGACGUCAUCCCCGGCACCCCCAACUCCUCCGUGCCCCUCGUCCUCAACCAAUCCGUCAGCUCUGUCUCCCUCUACGCAAUGGAGAAGGCGUCCUUCCCCAGCUCUAGAUACGGCUCCGGCAUCAGCACGCCCCUCUCAAGCGAGCCGAGGCUCGCCCAUUACGACGCAGACCCCUCGGCGCCUCUCCAGCCGCCCCCGCGCCACUCCCGCCGGCCCGAUACCGCGAGCUCCUCCCACUCCUACACCUCCGACGCGCCCUCCGGCACACUCUCCCCCUUUUCCUCAGAGACGCCCAGCUCCGCCACGUCGUUCAACACCUGCUCGCCGUCCUCGUCCCGACUGUACAGCCCGUCGCCAUCUUCGUCGUCGCUAUCAGCCGCCGGCGCCAAUGCGGCGCUGGCGACAGGGGCAGGGGCAGAGGCCAAACACGUGCGUUCGGCUAGCAGGCCGCGGUCGAUCGCGUCUGCGACGACGGAGCAUACCAGCUACACCACGCGCACCGCGUCCUCUGCCCGCCUCGGGCUGCCGCAUAACCCGCACAGCGGAGUGCGCGUCGUGCUGCCUGCGCCGCUCGGCAGCGAUCCGUCCUUGCAUACGUACGCAGCCGUCGGCCCGGGGUCCGGGGAGAGGCGGGCGAGGCCAAGGCCGCAGAAUGCGUACGCGCUCUCGGUGGUUUCGCAUAGCGCGUCGCGCGUGAGUGUGGCGGAUGUGUGGGCGCCGGCGGUUUAUCGCGCUGCUGCUGCUAUAGACGACGACAAGGCUCACCUGCGCAACUCAUGCGCGCCGCUCGCGCAGUCCCGGUUGCCCAACGCGGCUCCGACCAGUCUCAGUGCCGAGGGGCGACGACGCAGCUCCACGUCGAGUGUGACGGCGCCGCCUGACUUGGUGCCGCCGCCCGUCCCGCGCGUGCCUGGUGCGUAUGGCAUUGGCAAGGCGCCUGUGGAGCAGCAGCGUCUGCCGUCGCAUCUGCGACAGCGGUCCAAGUCGGGUCCUGGGCCGGGCGAGCUGUCGAUGAGCGUGUCGGUGGCGUCGUCGUAGGCUUGAUGUUGAUUUGGGACGCGACCUUUAUACGACGAUCCUUCUACUUGUGCGCACGCGCGCUAGGACGCGUGCGGUGAAUGUAUCGUUAUGUGUGUUCGCUCUGCCUCGCUCGUGCUGCGUACUAGGGACUGGAUUUUCCUAUUACACGGACAAUUGGGGGAUUGGUGCUUCUGCCUGUUUUAUAACUUGUUGCGUUCAUUUUUUGUUGGUCUCUUCUUCAUCUCAUACUCACUCCCUGCACGCCACGACCCAUCCCCACACGCCACACUCGGCUCCUUGCAUCCUGUAUCAUGCAUCGCUAGCAUAUAGAAUACGAUACUGCAGUACCCUAUGUAUGCGCGCUCAUGUAGUUUGAUACUAUAUUGACGUGUACACGCAUAUGGAUAUAAUAUAUAGAAAUGCGCUUGUUCC